AUGGAUCAAAACAUUGAGCAAUUCGUAAAAUCCUGUCGCGGUUGCACUUUAGUUUCCGCACCUGGUCCACCAGAACCAAUGGUCCGAAAGGAGCUCCCAUCGCGACCAUGGGAACAAAUCGCUGUGGAUUUUUUGGGACCGCUCCCAGACGGUGAGAGUCUGUUCGUUUGUGUUGACUUCUAUAGUAGAUAUCUGGAAGUAGUGGAAAUGCAAGACAUCACAACAACAUCCACAAUUGAGCAGUUGCUUAUUAUAUUUUCUCGAUAUGGACUGCCAGUGGUCUUGAGAGCAGAUAAUGGACCCCAAUUCAUUUCUGAGGAAUUCCGCCUAUUUUGUGAAGAACAAGGGAUUAGGCUCGAGAGUACUAUUCCGUACUGGCCCCAAAUGAAUGGGGAGGUAGAGCGUCAGAAUCGCUCUAUUCUCAAACGGCUACGUAUUGCGCAAGAGCUUGGAAAAAAUUGGCGGAAGGAGCUGCGUCAAUAUUUGUUAACCUAUCAUUCUGCGAUACACCCAACUACAGGAAAGUCCCCAUCAGAACUGAUGUUCGGACGGCGGUUACGUACCAAGUUACCCUGUAUUCCUAUGGAGGUUUGCGAAGAUGAAGAAGUCAGAGAUCAGGAUCGAAUCCAAAAAGAAAAGGGUAGGCUGUAUGCUGAUCGUAGCAGAAAAGCAAGAUUGAGUAGCAUCGAUAUUGGUGAUUUUGUGCUAGCGAAGCGAACUAGGAAGGAUAAUAAACUUUCCUCCGAUUUUUCUCCUGAAGAGUUCAAGGUUACAAAAAGACAAGGAACUGACGUUACGAUAAGAUCGACUACUUCCGGAAAAGAGUUCAGGAGAAGUGUAGCCCAUCUUAAACGCAUAUCACCUCAGCCUGAAGCUAAGGAUCCUUCCGAUGAAAGCUUGGAUGAAAAUCAAGAUGAUUCUAAUCCGAUUACAUCACCAGAUUCUCAUGAAGUUCCUCUUAAUGAACGAUCUAGAAGGACAAAGGUUGAAUCUAGCCGAUUGAAGGAUUUUGUGACAUAUUGA